AAAAUGGCUAUCACCAAAAAGAAUUUGAUAGCAUUUGUUUUCACCAUUCUCUUUGUUAUAUCUUAUGUUCAUUGUCGUUCAACAUCUGAUAUCGUUUCUGGUUCUGGAAUAAAAGAGGAUGAACAUGUAUGCUUCAAAACAAGUCCGUGUUUGCCUGAAGUCGGAGGGGAAAAAGGCUGCAUUGCGUUUUGUUCAAGAAUGAAGUUUACAACAGGCCUUUGUCUUGGUUCCGUAGUAUGUUGUUGUUACACUUAA